UAAUAUUAUUUAAACCACCGCCAAACACAAUCAAAUUCAACAACCAAAAAUCACACAUCGAGAAACUGCCAAACUGCACCAGAACCACCUCCAUGGCUGCGCCGCGGUGCACUGCGACCAAGCCAAGCCGGAGCGACAUCGUGUUGGACAACGAGGAACAGAUGCGAAUCACUGAUCAGAUCAGAGCCCAGUUUGAUUCCAUCGCCCCCAAGCGGCCGAUGAAACCGAGCCGGAGCGAAUCCGACUCCUUGACUGAAAACCCAUCUGGAUUCACCUCAGAAAAGGCUAUUCCGGAGCUUGAUAAGUUCAGAAAUCUCCAGUCCCAAUCUCAUGCUUUACGCUUGGGAGAUGGGGAUUGUUUGGUGCAGGAGGACUAUUUGGAGACAGAAUACUACAAGGAGUUGGAUUCGAUUGAAAAACGUCAUCAUAAGGGAGUAGACUGGGAGUGGGUUCAUACAGGUAGGGAAUGAAGGAGGAGAAAAUGGAGUUCAUAAUCAGAAUAAACCUCACGAGUUUAUUAAUGAUGUUGCAAAUGGGAGGGUUCAUCAUCAUGGUGGCUACAAAGGCAAUCCUGCAACUAAUGACUGGCUCCCAAAAUUUGAUGAUCGUGAUUUGAUCUUCAGAUCUCAAAAGCCUAAUCGAAGCGAAGGUUCCUCUCUCUAACCAUGCAGAAAUGAUAUAAUGUGGCUGGUGAUUUUGUAUACACUUUGACAUACAAAACGAACUCGAUUUCAAGCUUUAAUGUUCGAGGAUAGUUUGUAAUAUGUAGCCACAGUUUGGCUGUAUUGUUGUCGUUUGUAUUGAACUAGCCUUGGUCGUCGAGUUCUUACUGGAUUUCAUAUUGAAAUCUACAUUGAAAUGGACUUAUUUUUACCUUUGUGAAAAGGUGUCUGUAAGGUAAUUUGGUUGUGGAAAGUUUUUGGUUGAGUGCUAUUUUAUCUUAUUUU